ACAAGUUUGCUAGCUUCCCAACAAGCUAGCACAACGGUAGGUAUUUCGCUAGUUCUCUUGCGUCAAGUUAGUUCAUCAGAGUUUCUCUCCGAGUCCUUAGUUGCAUCUGAUGGUUGAUUAUUCAUAACGCUUUGACCAUGAAAACGCAAGUGAUUGGUGUUUUAGUGGCUGUAACUGUUUUGCGUCUCAUCGGGUUAAUCUUAGGUUGCUGGUACGGCCCUUUCAUUUACAUUGUCAUCCCUUUGGGCGUGCUCUACUUGUCAUUGGACAUCUUGACCGUGUUUAUGGUGUAUGCAAGCGAUAUCUAUGAGUGGGAAGUGGGCGAGAAAGUGAGCAAGUGGGCUUGGAUCGGAGGCAAUAUCUUGGCCCUCAUCGGCCUAUUUGUGGCCUUCAUCUUUUACUUGGUGGAUUUGGGCUUUUGGGGAAUGACCUAUUACCCAAUUCACAUUUGCUUGUUUAUUUUGAUCAUCUUCCUGUGGGCUGCCAUUGUGGUGGCCAUUGUUCUCAUCCUGAAAAGUUUCAAGGACCAACCUGACUACGGUGAGCGACGAGGAAGAAAAGCCAAGAAAAAUCAAGACUACGAGGGAUUGAGCAACCCCAAAAACGAUCCCACACUCACCUACUGAGCGCCUUUCUGCAGCCAAACCUCAUUAUUGCUUGCCAUCGGAAAUGUACAGAAAGGGGACAUCUGAAUAUGUGCCUAGGUGCAAACUGAAAUCGGCGGAAUGGGUGCUUUUGUCUCUACGUCACUAACCCCUCCCCCCGAACGGGAAAAUUUCCUCGGCAUCAUCCCAACGAACAACCAAAUGAUUUAACUACAAUGUAAUUAUGAAAGUUUAAUAGCUAAUUCAAAUCCAUUUUUGGCCUUGAUUCGGCCAUUGAUUGAGUACUCUGUUUAUGAGCGACCUUGGGCAUUAAAGUACUUCCCGUUUUUCA